CUAAGCUCUCUCAGGCAAAGACAAGAAUCAAUCAGAACCCCCACAGACUCUCUUACUUGGGAGGUCCAGGGAUCCCUGCAAGAUUUUUGAACUCUCUUACUUUUUCUCUUAACUUCAAAGAUAGAUGAGAGAGAGAGAAAAGAGCUGGGCUUGAUCAAUCCAACAAGAAAUUAAUAUAUUUUUGUAUUUUUGCAUUUUUGUUUAUAUAUAUAUAUAUAUAUAUAUAACAAUAAAAAUAAAAGAUAAAAAUAAAAGGAGAAACCAGGCCAUCAAAUUCCUCCACUGCCCCACAAAUGGAACUCUCAAAUUCGCAAAGCAACAAAGAAAAUAAUACAACUCAAGAGCCCCACCAAUCUCACCACCACCACCGUCACCACCUCCAACAACAACUAUCUUUUGAUCAUGGCAGAUCAUCAUCAUCAUCAGGAGGAGGAGGAGGAGGAGGACCAUCUCAUGGUCCUUUCAUGGGCUCCAUCUCCAUCCAAGCUGGCCUCCACCAUCACCAUAAUCUCGGUGCAUCGUCAACUCCAACCACAGCUAAUACUGGGUCUGUACCUUCACCAUCAUCUUCACCUCUAUCUUCUUCCUCUUCCUCCACUUCCGCAUCCACCUCAUCCACAACCCCACCACGCCUGGUCGACGCCUCUCUCGCCAUCGCCACCAGUUAUGACCCUUCUCUCGUAGACUCCACGAAGAAGAAGCAACAAAAUCUAUCCAUUGCUCCAGCUGCCACAAACAGUACUAGUGCAGCCACAACAGCAGCAGUAACACCCGCAAAGCGGUCCACAAAGGACCGACACACAAAAGUAGAUGGUCGAGGGAGGAGAAUUAGAAUGCCAGCAACGUGUGCAGCAAGGGUUUUUCAAUUGACAAGAGAACUGGGUCACAAAUCUGAUGGAGAAACAAUUGAGUGGUUGUUACAGCAAGCAGAAUCAACAAUUAUAGCAGCCACUGGGACUGGUACUAUUCCAGCAAAUUUCUCAACGCUCAAUGUUUCUUUAAGGAGCAGUGGCUCCACUCUCUCAGCUCCUCCUUCUAAAUCUGCUCCUCAUUCUUUCCAUAGCGCUCUUGGUUUGUCUCAUCAUCCUCAUUAUGAAGAAGGGUUUGCGCACUCAGCCUUUUUAGGGUUCCAGCAGCAGCAGCAGCAGCAGCAGCAGCAGCAUCAUCAUCAUCUAAUGACAGCAGAUCAAAUAGCGCAAGCACUGCCAAUUGGUGCUGAUGUCGGUGGCGGUGGCGGCGAGAGUCGUGGUGGUGGAGAAGAGAAUUAUAUGAGGAAACGCUUUAGAGAAGAUUUAUUCAAGGAGGAUAAUCCACAAGAACAAGGAGAAAGUGGUGGUGGUCGCGGUGGUGGUGGUGAUGGAGGAGAAGAGCCUCCCAUUAAAGCAUUUAAAAGUGAUUUACAGCUGCCAAAACCACAGCAACAAGAGACAGGAUCUUCAGGGUUGCUUAGGCCAUCAAAUAUCUUGCCUACCACUGCCAUGUGGGCAAUGGCACCAGCUCCGCCGAGCAGUGGUGCUGGCAACACAUUUUGGAUGCUACCAAUGACUGCUGGUGCCGGUGGCGGUCCUCCUUUGGCCACUGCCACAUCUGUGGCUUGUCCUAGUUCAGAACCCCAGAUUUGGCCUUUCGCUACAGCAACACCAGCAAGUGGAAACCCAUUGCAAGCUCCACUACAUUUCGUGCCAAGAUUUAAUUACCCCACUACUAGUCUUGAAUUUCAACGUGGAAGAGGGAGUCCUCUACAGUUGGGAUCUAUGAGUCCUUUACAGUUGGGGUCUAUGUUAAUGCAGCAGCAGCACCAACAACAGCAACAGCAACAGCAACAACCUUCUCAGUAUCUGGGGUUAGGUAUGCCAGAGUCUAAUUUGGGAAUGUUGGCUGCUCUCAAUGCAUAUUCAAGAGGUGAUUUGAACAUGAAUUCCCAGCAAAAUAAUCCAUUGGACCACCACCACCACCAACACCACCACCACCACCACCAGCAGACUCAGGGUACUCCUGAUAGUGGAGAUGAAGAUCCGAAUACUUCUCAGUGACAGAAUAUCACAUAACAAAUUUGGGAGUAGAACUAUUAUUGCUAAGUACUAAUAAGUAGUACCAUGGAUGUUGAUGCUCAAGUCAAGAGUAGAGGAGAGAGUCCUGGCUAAUUUCUAGUUUCCAUUUUAGUGUGGUUUGUUAAUUUUAAUUUAUGAAAAAAAAAUUCUAGAUUGAUGUCGAGAAUUAAGUUAAUUAAUUUGCAUAUGUAAUUUGUUAGUUUGGUCCUAAGGGGACAAGAAAA